AUGAAUGCUCCUAUCGCUCUCAGUCGACACCAUAGCACAAACCAAAUUCCAAUCCUCCAAAACCCUAAACACUACAAAACCCACAACUUUUCUAACGUUAAAUUACCUGGUACAAUCUUCACAAACUCCUUUAGAACUUUCUGUUCUCUGAAUAAUCGUUUCACAGCAAAAUUCUCGUAUAAAACCCGGUAUUUUGAAUCGAAUCGAUUAAGGGCUUCAUCAAAUGAUGCUCAAUCUAUCGCGGGCAGUUCUUCUUUUGGUGACCAAAAUGAGGUACGAGAGCCCAGUUUUUUGGAAUUUAUUACUUCAGAGAGAGUCAAAGUGGUGGCAAUGCUUGCAUUAGCUUUGGCGUUGUGUAAUGCUGACCGCGUUGUCAUGUCCGUGGCUAUUGUGCCGCUUUCACUCGCUCAUGGUUGGCGUCAAUCUUUUGCAGGCGUUGUUCAGUCAUCUUUUCUCUGGGGAUACAUGAUAUCACCUAUACCUGGAGGGACACUGGUGGACUAUUAUGGUGGUAAGGUAGUCAUGGCGUGGGGAGUAGCUUUGUGGUCUUUGGCCACCUUCCUAACUCCUUGGGCUGCAGAAACAUCUGUUUUGGCACUGCUUGCCGUGAGAAUGUUGCUCGGCAUAGCAGAAGGUGUAGCGCUUCCUUGUAUGAACAAUAUGAUAGCGAGAUGGUUUCCUCAAACAGAACGCGCAAGGGUUGUAGGACUUGCAAUGGCUGGAUUUCAGCUUGGAAGUGCUAUUGGACUUACACUGUCUCCAAUCCUCAUGUCACAGCGUGGUCUGUCUGGACCAUUUGUAAUAUUUGGAUUAUGUGGCUUUCUCUGGGUGUUAAUUUGGGUAUCUGCAACCUCGAGCACUCCUGAACAAAGUCCUCAAAUAUCAGUAUAUGAGUUGAGGUACAUACAGAACAAGGUGGCUGUAACCUCUCUCUCGAAGAAUGAAAAGAAAACAAGAGAAGUCAUUCCUCCAUUUAGGCGAUUGCUCUCUAAGCUACCAACUUGGUCUCUAAUUGUUGCAAAUUCCAUGCACAGUUGGGGAUUUUUUUCUAUCGGAUUUAUCGGGCCUGGCAUUGCUCUCAUUGGUUUAACGACAGCAAAAAGUCCAUUACUGGCAUCUGCUUGGUUAACUGUAGCUGUUGGAUUGAAAGCAUUUAGUCACUGCGGCUUCCUUGUGAACCUUCAGGAGAUUGCCCCACAGUACUCUGGUGUUCUACAUGGUAUUUCGAAUACUGCAGGCUCGUUCGCUGCUAUGGUGGGAACAGUUGGUGCUGGUUUCUUCGUCGAACUAGUGGGUUCUUUCAAGGGAUUUUUGUUGCUGACAGCAUUCCUGUAUAUCUCUGCUGCUUUAUUCUGGAAUCUCUUCUCUACAGGUGAGAGGGUCAAUUUUGAUGAAACUACUUAG